AUGUCCAGAAAGGAUCCUUGGCCCCGUCUGAGGCGAGCACUGUUAUACAAGCCCAGCCGACAUGUUUACAACUCCAAAAAGCGACUGACUGCAGAAGCCUUGACACGGGUGUUCCAACGCAUGAAGGGCCUUGCUUACGAUCCUAUCGAUGCACGACAAGACAUGUUUUCUGUUUCUCAGGUCUGCAAAAGUUGGAGGGAAGUGAGCAUUAACCAUCGUGAAAAAAUUUGGGGUUCUCUACCGAUCGACCUAGAUACAGACUCAGAGGAAUUUAUACAGGAACUUCUUCGCUGGUCGUCAUCUUCGCCACUGUCCAUUUACUCUGGAAUUCCGAUAGACUCGGACGACAGCCCGAGAUAUAACAGGUGGCUGUUAGUCCUGGAAGAGUUCCACCGCUUUGAGUCGCUCAGCUUCGUGGACGAUAUCACCAACUACGACUUUCAAACCUAUUUGGAAAUGGCUGCCCCUCUGCUCCGAUCGUUCGAAGCGAAGAUCACUGAGCCCCCCAUUCCAUGUUUCCGUAAUAUACUUUCGCAAGAGCUGUUCGGUGGAAAUGCUCCAAAUCUGCGACAUGUUAACCUUACUGGCUACACACUGGCGUCAAAUAGCUUUCUUGGCUUGAACCUGACCACUUUGUUUGUCAACGUAAAGGCCUGCCCACCGUCUAUAGACGAAUGGGUGGAAAUCCUUUGGAGUCAACAAAAUUUGGUAUCUCUGACUAUCAAGCAUGCACUGUGCUUAGAAAACGAUAAUCCUGCGUCUUCGUUGCCACCGGUAAAGCUCCCACUCCUUCAAGAGCUGUGCAUUAUGUACUGUCGUUCCAUUGACUGCGGUCUCCUCCUUAAUCGACUGUCCACCCCUUCUUUAUGCAAACUUGAGCUCUGUCUAGCAUCACAUAACGACGCUGAACGGGAGGAAGAAGAGACUUGCCUUCAUGCUAAUCUAAAAUGGUUUGUUGGGUGUUCGACGAAUAAGUUCAUAUCUUCCUGUAAGUUGGUUGACGUAUCAAUGGGUUACGAUACAGAGACCUCUGGGCCACUCAAGAUAUUGUCUUUUACAGCAUUCCCCGAGGAAAGUCUUUCAGAUUCUCAAGACGCUGUUUUCAAGUUGUCAUAUCUCACUCAAUCGACGUCUGAAGACGAUUUCGAUCUUGAACUAUCGCAUCUCUUCCAGACGUUAAAAGCCAUCGAUAUCUUGGCUGAAACCACUGCUAUAAGGUUGAAACCUUUGCCACAAUCGACGCCAUUUUCAGAUCCUCUUUUGGAACUGCUUCUCAUGUUCAAGCCUGGACAACUCAGAUCAAUCGAAUUUUACGAUCCCACUCAAUUCGCUAUGCUAACAUAUGUGCGACCCUCAAGAUAUUCUCAAAAGCUGUUACUUGAGUGCGAGAAUAUACACGUGAAUCAGAGUUGUAAUGACCUCGAUCUGGAAGGGAACUGCAUUGAAGAACUUUCAGAAAUUCUCCAGUAUCGUAAAGAUCGUUUUGGAGUAAAAACGUCGAGCAUUAUAUACUAUUGA